GUUGCUCGGGAUUAUAUAGGGGAAAAGAUACCUCACAGUUUAUGUCGGUUUGGCUUGAUUCGCAACUUAGGAGUGUUGUUUCAACUGAGCCAUUAGCCGAUUCACCUGGUUUGAAGAGAAAUCAAAGAGUCCCAGCUGCUCAGGGGAACAUUCACUCAUCAACAGCCUGAGAGACGAAGACAACUGUGAGGAAUUUAGGACACUCUGCCUGAAGUGGAUUGAACAAGGAUGAUUCCCACCGCCUAAGUGAGGUAUUGCAUUUGAAAAACGGUGAUCACAGCAAUGUUUCAGCGGCAUGUGCGUCUGCCCCUAUCCAAAUCUUCCAGAGAGGAUUUAAGCGCCGCUCAUCUUGAAUAAGUCGAGAAGUCAUUGAAGAUGAGAGCUCUGCAAACAUUCCUGUUCUUUGUCCUCCUGCACCAGGUCACAUGCAGGAAAGUGCGUGGAGGAGCCACAGAGCUCAUCGAGUGGGGGGACAGAGUUAAUGAACAGAAGACUUCUCCCAUGGGGGCGAGUCCACAGAUCCUCAACCCCCUGCGUUUGUUUGCCAGGGGCUCCCCGGGGUUCAAGAGCAACAUGAGGGAAGUGACAUAUUUACAGAACAUGGAGGACUUCUGGGACUGGUUAUCUAACCAGACAGAUGUUCAGGGUGCACAGGCCAGAACUAAACGCAGGCCCAUUGUCAAGACCGGCAAGUUCAAAAAGAUGUUCGGGUGGGGGGACUUCCACUCCAACAUCAAGACCGUCAAACUAAACCUGCUGAUCACAGGGAAGAUCGUGGACCACGGGAAUGGCACUUUUAGCGUUUACUUCCGCCACAACUCCACAGGCCUAGGAAAUGUGUCAGUCAGCCUGGUGCCGCCCUCCAAGGUGGUGGAGUUUGAGAUCGCCCAGCAGUCUACACUGGAGACCAAAGACACCAAAUCAUUCAACUGUCGCAUUGAGUAUGAGAAGACGGACCGCAGCAAGAAGAAUACCCAUUGCAGCCAUGACCCAUCCAAGGGGUGCUAUCAGGAGCAGACGCAGAGCCACGUGUCCUGGCUGUGCUCAAAACCUUUCAAAGUCAUAUGCAUCUAUAUAGCCUUUUACAGUGAAGACUAUAAACUGGUGCAGAAAGUAUGCCCUGACUACAACUACCAUAGUGACACACCGUACUCCUCCACAGGAUGACCUAGCUGUUGUUAGUAUGCAUCGAUCUUUUGUUUUACCAUUAAACAAUGUAAAUUUCAACCUCUUAGUCCCCAAACACCUAAAUACCUGAGCCAGUUUGCUGGAAGUGCAACUUGUAAUAGGGCGCACACUGGAGGGAUUUGGUGCAUUAUUACAAAGGUUUUGUAUAUAAUUCAGACAAGUAUAAAGCUCUAACACUUCAGAUAGUUAGGUGUCCAGGGACUUGGUUUAAGGGGUUGACUUGGGAUUCAGAGCUAGCUACCAACCCUGGGUGAUUCCUCCCCAUCACAACAGCACAUGUUCUCUGUAAAACACUAGUAAUUAGUAUGUUGUCCAGAUGUUUUCUUUAAGGCUAGACCAUAGGCAAGCAGCCUCCCAGUUGGAAGUACGUCACUGGCUUCUGUGCCAGUGCUGCACUGAUGCUAACAUUGUCUAGCUAUUCCCUCAACUCAUUUAAUCCUUGUGCCUCACUUUAAAAAAGUUGCACUGAUGUCGUUAAAGGACAAGAAUGUCAGUGUCAAAAGACUGCCAUAAAAAUAUGUUAAUACUAUUUUCCACUUUCACUGAGUUAAAUCUUUUAACCAGCUUCAGUCCUAAUCAUCACCACCAAAUAUCCAUUCAUUUUCAGAAUUUUAACAAUUUUAAUGCCAAUUUGUUUAUAUAAUGCAUCUGUUGUUUUUUCAAUGAAUAAACAAAACAACAUUUAUUUUUUUCCUAUAUACUAAGGGGAUCCCGUAGGCUAUAUACUAAGGGGAUCCCUUAUACUAAGGGGACCCCCCCCCC